GGACCCAAGGAGAAAGGGAAAUGCAAACUGUAGUGUAGUAACUCCAGUCAUCCUGUGAUUUGGUACACUACUUAGACGACAUUUUGUUUCCUUUGGCAGUUUCAUUUUCUUAACGCGGAAAUUUACUUCGUGUUAUUCACUCCUUCGUGGGAGUCUCUCCAUCCAUUAUACGAAUUUCAUUUUGGUCAGAAAGAACGAGAAUGUGAAUUAUCAUCAUCAAGUUCUAUACACUAUUCGGACAGUAUUUGGAAAGUCUGAUAAUGGAGGUUUUGGAUACAUGCAGCCGGGUCGUCUAUUACUUCCUCCUAACGGUGAUUGUUUAUUCAAGCAGCUAUUCGGGUGUGUUUGCUGUAGACGAUUUUACCUGCGUAACUAAGCCACGAGUCCCACUUGAUGCGGAGGAUACCUUCAUCGCUGGAUUCUUUGUCAACUUGACUGGAAGUCUUUCUAUCAGGCGUACUCAAUACACUUACACAACUGGAAUUGCCAACACAGAUGAUCGACGCCUACCAACCGACAGCAAUCUGGACCCAACUGCUCUGCACGGUGAUGUUUCUGUCUCUGUUCUACAGAUGCCGGCAUCUGGCGGGGUCUCAAGGAUUGGUGUAUAUGGUUGCCAAGCAACAGUGAAUAGACAGUCGACUUAUAACAUUGGCACAGUUGUUAUGAGCAGUACAGCUCACUUUGUGCCAAAUGCUAUAAGCCAGACGGUAAACUCGGGGGAAGCGGUACGUCUAACAGUUACUGCUACUACGGGCCAGCAGUUAACUCGUUGGAGAAAAGAUAGCAGCAUUCCCAUCGCUUCGUCCAAUGACAGGCUUUAUUAUGAUAUCAAUGGAGCUAGUACAGAUGCUGGAACAUACGAGGUUCAUGUACCUGGUGUUCGCAGUGCAGGCAGGCAGGCGCUCAUGAGGUUACUUGUCAGAGGAUGCCGGCAGCAAGAUAGAUGGGGUGCCUCAUGCAAUGAAAUCUGUCCAGUUUGCCUCAAUGGCGGAGUUUGUGAUAAUGUGGGUGGUCUGUGUAUUUGCCCGCCUGGAUUCAGCGGUGAUAUUUGUGAAAUUGUGCUCGGACCUAACCGCUUUGGUAAAGAUGGCAGUCUCUAUUGUGAUUCUGGUUUGUUGCCGAAUACUACUUCAUGUGAAGGGCUGCUGUUUUGCUUACCAGAUCCAUUUGGAUGCAUCUGUGGUGCUGGCUACAAAGGAAUUGAUUGUAAUACAGAAUGUGAUGACGGAACAUUUGGAGCAAACUGUGCACAAAUGUGUAACUGCAGUGGUCAAGCUAUUUGUGAUAAAACAACAGGCCGUUGCCCCGGCGAUUGCGCUUCAAGCUACAAGGGCAUCAACUGCCAAGAUGCUUGUGUUGCUGGCUACGGUGGUUUGAACUGCGCAACACCCUGUGAAGUUCCAGCAGAUGUGACUUUGUUUCGUGAUGUAGCACCAUCAAACUCCCAAGCUCUGAUUCAUCUGGCCUGGAAGUUUGUCAGCAAUCUCUGUGCAGUGGAGCGUUACCAAAUUGGAUACGAAUUGACCAAUCAAGACCAGUGUGCGGAAGUUACUUCGUCACGAGUUGAAGUAACAUCAGAUUUAUACGCCGACAGUUUGAUAAUAUCAAGUGGCCUCCAGCCAUUUUCUAGUUACACUGUGUACAUCAAGGCUUGGAAUGAGAUUGGUGCUGGACCAGAAACCUCUAUCUCAGUCACUUCAGGGGAGAGUGUUCCUACUGGAGAGCCUGAGAAUGUAAUGUUGUCUACUGGUCAAACCAAUGGUCUAUCCUUUACUUGGGACCCAAUACCUUGUGGAUCUCGACAUGGCUCGAUUGAAUAUCAUUACAAACUACAACAGAAGGAUGUGAACAGUAGUCGGGAGGGACGGGUAGCGCCCGAAAGUGUGACAGUGGCCAGUGGGCUGCUCCCAUGUACAGACUACAUGUUUAAAGUUGCGGGUGUAACAAGCACUGGGCGGGGACCGUACAGCACAUCUGUAGAAGCCAGGACUACAGUACAAGCUCCUAAUUCAGUAGAAGGCUUAAAUCUAAGCCCAUCAGCCAAUGAAAUCCAAGUAUCAUGGCAAGCCUCUACUGGGACUGCCAUCAAUCCCUGCACUGCAAGCUCUUACAAUGUGACCUAUGAACUUCUGAAAUUUGAUCAAUGCGACAGUAAGAAUAAUCCUGUCACAGUGAUUGCUAGCCAAGUAGAUACCACUACAGCAAGCAUCAGUGGACUUGAACCAUACUCUUCGUACAGAGUCUAUGUAGUAGCAACUAAUACAGCUGGUGACAGCUCAGUUGUUGGUGAUACGGUGAUAACUGCUGAGAUAGCACCAAGUGGCCCUCCAAGAGACAUCCAAUUAACUGUUAUUUCCAACACAACCCUCUCGUCCUCCUGGCAUCAACCAGAAUGUGGCAGUCGUCAUGGUGUUAUAACUCAGUACAGUUACACUCUAACCACUGCUGAUGGAGCAGUGAUAAGACGUAACACUACCACCGAUAGAUCACUGGAAUUGACUGAUCUUAUACCAUUCACACAAUACACGCUGUCAGUUGCUGCAAUGACUUCCUUUAAGUCAGGACCAGACGCUGUGAUAAUGAAUCGAACUGAUGAAGGAAUACCACCGGCUCUAAGCAGCAUUUAUUUCCCAUCCACAUUCAGCGAUCAUAUUACCGUUGGGUGGAACCACCCUAGUCCUCCUCAUGGUAUCAUCUUGAGCUAUGAGAUCCGCUACUGGAAGACAGAGUCUGAGACCUCAUCAUCGGCUGAGACAUUGAGAAUCGAAGAUGAUCUACAAGACGAUCCUCAAACUAAGGAGAUUACAAACCUGGAGAGUAAUAUGGAAUAUUCAUUCCAGGUACGCGCUGAGACACGUAUUGGAUUUGGUGAAUGGAGUAAUGAGGAAACAGCUGAGACUGUGCCAGGAACACCAAGCAAGCCACAAUUGCUGAUGGUUUCAAGUGUAACAGAGACGAGCAUCAGCCUGAGUUGGAGUCAACCAAUGCAGCCCAAUGGAAAUAUGCUUGUAUAUAAGAUUGAACAUCGUGUGGUAUCCAAACCGUAUGACAGCAGUUUCACCUUCGAUCCAGCUGGUCUAUUUGAAACGCAAAAUGUAUCUGACCUAUCAGAUCUGAGUGGUACUGUAAUGAACCUAGAGCCAUCUACGGAGUAUGAGCUGCAGGUAUAUGGCAUUAAUGAAGCUGAAAUCACAGGAGAUAAAGCAUCUAUACGGCAUUUCACGGCGUUUGCAACAGAUCUGCCUCCUCCUGAGAAACCAAGUAUUAUAGCAGAUGAAUCUACAAGUACCUCCAUUGCCAUUCGACUGGUGGCUACAACAACCUCCAAGUAUAUCACUGCAUACCAAAUUGGAGUACAGAUGACCAGUGCUGUGUCAAGGAGAUCUGCUCCUGCUUUUGGACACUACAGGGACAAUCCAUCUGCCUACAUUGCAGCUGAGUUGGAUGAUGGUCUGCCAGAAAUAUUUGUAGUAGGGGACAACAAGGAAUAUGGCAGUUACUGGAACCCACCUCUGCAGGAGGGCGCUGUGUACAAUAUCUAUGUCGGUGCUGUCAGCAGAAUAAAUGAAACGGAAGCCAAUGUGGUGUGGAAUGACGAUCCAUUUCCUGUUGAAGUUGAUGGUGUCUACGGGGCUACAAACGGUGCAGUAAUAGCAAUCGGCAUUGUAGUGCCACUCCUUCUCGUCAUUGUUCUUAUUUUGCUUCUCGGGGUUUUCUGGAGGCGUCGUAAGCAGCACUCGGAGAAAGAAAACGGAUUCAAAAUGUCUUCCUCACCUUAUGUCAACCCAAGUGUUGAAGGGACAUCCAAUGAUGAGGUAGAAGCCUCUGUCAGUGUUAACAUGAAAACAAUUGAAAUAGAGGAGCCGCCAAAGAAGCCAGUCUACAUACCCUCUAAACCGGUUAAAAUGGAGGAGCCGCCAAAGAAGCCAGCCUACAUACCCUCUAAACCGGUUCAAAUGGAGAAGCCGCCAAAGAAGCCAGCCUACAUACCCUCUAAACCGGUUAAAAUAAAGGAGGAGCCAAAGCAGCCUGUGUACACACCCUCCAAACCGGUUCCAAUGAGUGGCCUUGCUGAUUACAUCAAGAAAAAUAAAUCAAGCCGGUCUGGAUUUCAACAUGACUAUGAGUCCCUUCCAGGAGAACCUCUUUACCCAUGGACUGUAGCUGAGAAAGAAGACAAUAAGACGAAAAAUCGCUACGUUAAUAUCAUUGCCUAUGACCACUCUCGUGUAGUGUUGGAUUGCAUUGAUGGGGACCCAUCAUCAGACUACAUCAAUGCAUGUUACAUUCAUGGAUAUCAGCAAGACUCAAAGUACAUUGCUUGCCAAGGUCCAAAUAAAGCAUCUUUGACCGACAUUUGGCGGAUGGUCUGGCAGGAGCAAGUGGGGAAGAUUGUCAUGCUCACCAACCUUGUGGAGAACGGGAAGAAAAAGUGUGAGAAGUAUUGGCCUGAUGGGAUAGAGACCUAUGCUGGUAUAAAUGUUGCCAAUAUUAGUGAGACGUCCGAUACUAACUACAUCAUCCGAAAGUUUCACGUGUUAAAGAGCAGCGAGCCUGAUGGUAUGCCUCGUGAGGUCAUGCAGUAUCAUUACAUCACAUGGCCUGAUAUGAAGCCGCCUGAGUCUUCACCACUGCUUCAGUUUAUUGGACGAGUGCACGCCUCAGAAACGACACAACAAGGUCCCAUAGUUGUACACUGCAGUGCUGGUGUUGGUCGUACAGGAACAUACAUCACCGUUGAUAGCAUGUUGGAACAGGGUCAAGCUGAGGGACAGGUGGACGUCCUGACCUUUGUCCGUGCCAUGAGAGAGCAGAGAUUCAGGAUGGUCCAAACCCUGGAUCAGUACAAGUUUAUCUUCGAUGCUCUUUUGGAAUCUUGUCUGAGUGAGAACACGGCUAUCCCGAUUGCUAAACUACACCAGGAUUACACUCGCCUCAAGAAAAAAGACCCCAAAACAGGAUCGUCUGGUCUCAAGGACCAGUUCCUUAUGCUGGAGAUCUUCACAGUAACGCCAAAUGGAGACAGAUGUCUCGGAGGGAAGAUGCCGGACAACAUUGAUAAGAACAGAUUUCAGGAGAACCUCCCAGUUGACAAAUGCCGUCCAUAUCUGAUGACCUCUGGGGAAGAGGGCAGCACUAACUACAUCAAUGCUACUUUCCUUGAUGGAUACAAGAAUAAGAAUGCGUACCUGGCCACACAAGCUCCUCUUCCCAACACUGUAGGUGACAUCUGGAGGAUGGUGUAUGAUUACAAAUCAUCCUGUAUUGUUAUGCUCAACUCCAUGGACAAUGAUCCGAGUGUCGCCCAGUAUUGGCCAGAUGAGGGAAGUGUGAGUUUUGAACCUCUGACUGUUACAUCAGAAGGUAUUCAUUUCAAGAAUGAUUCAGUCAUUGUGAGACACUUCAGUAUCUACAACUCAAGCAGAAAGAAUGACAAGUCAAGGAAGGUUUGUCACAUCCAGUUCCUGCAGUGGCCAACGAGGAAGGAUGUCCCCAACUCCCCAUCAAGUCUCCUCAAGGUGUUAGAAACUGUCAACUUGUGGACAAAAGAUAAUCCUGAUGGACCUAUUACAGUUCAAUGCAUAGAUGGAUUAGGACGCAGCGGGACGUUAUGUGCAUUGAUGACGAUCUUGGAGAGUAUCCGUGAAACGCAAACCCUGGAUGUUUUCCAGGCUGUUAAGAAGCUGCGAGCUACCCGUGCUGGCAUGGUGCAGUCGUUGGCUCAGUACCAGUUUUGCUAUGGGGUGGCUCAGGAAUAUCUGGACUCCAACUGCAUCUAUGAGAAUCUAAAGUAAAGAAAGAUCGCUAUAACUUCAUAAAAAAUAUACUUUGCAGUUGAAAAUAUUGUUGAUGUAUGAAAUGUCAGCUCAGGACUGUAAGGUCAUUAGUGCAAUUUGUAUGGAAUUCAUGAAAUUGACUUUGUUCACUUUGGAGCUCCUGGUAAAUGGAGUUUAUUGAUUGAGAGUGGUCUUCGAAGUUUGUUUUUGUCAAAAACAUUCAU